AUGGAAGACAACGCCGAGCUCGAGUCCUUUCGUCGUGAGUGGCGCGAAGAGGUUGCUCGUCGAUCCAAACCAAGGGCAUCUGCUGCUCUUGCCCCUCCUUCCACGCUUUCAGUCCCCUCUCCGGUCCCGCCAGAGCGACUGCCGCCAACGCGUCAUGCUGGAUCUGACCGCAAAGACCUGGAGGAGGAGGGGCCCCCGCCGGCUUCAUUCGACCCGGAAGAACUGGCACAGCAGGUGGGCCAGUUGAAUGUGGCACCAGAGGAGGAGGAAGAGGAUCACGAUGAAGACGGAUUCACCCGUCGUGCCCAACAGGAGCCUGAUUCGGCUCUUGAGCAUUUCGAACGAGCCGUCGAGAAGGAAGCAGCGGGCAACCUGGGGGAUAGUCUCCAGCACUACCGCAAGGCAUACCGGCUUGAUUCGAGUGUCGACAAGAGCUAUCGGAACAAGCAUUUUGCCCAUGUUUGGAAGAAGCCUGCCCAGCCUGCACCCAAUGCACCCGGCGCGCCUGAUGCACCUGCACCCGUGACUGCCCCGGCGCCUACAGAUGGCGAAUUCAUCCCAACGCCCGCCCUAAUCGAGUCCUUCGCGCAUCUUCCGAUCCCUCAAGCCGAUCCUCUCAUCGAAAACACACCCCCUCCGCCUUGUCCGAUAGGCAAUGUUCCGUCUGAGGUUAUCGUGGAGAUUCUGCGCCAUGUGGCGACGCGGGAUCCGGCAACAUUUGGCCGGAUGGCCUUGGUGUGCAAGCGAUUAGCAUAUCAUUUUGCGCACGAGCAACAUAUUUGGAAACGGAUCUGCCAACGGCCCCAGUUUGGAUUCCAAGGAAUGCACUACUCCUUUGUCUGCGAUGUCCUCGGGGGUCCUAUUUAUACACUGAGCGGCAAUCAGUACACCCCAUUUCCAAGUGAUAUAGCCGCUGAGAUCCCCAAGCCUCUAUCCUCAUGGAAGGACGUGUUCCAAUCUUACCCUCGAAUACGGUUUACCGGGGUUUACAUUAGCACGGUCAACUAUACCCGUGCAGGUGCAACAUCAUCGUUCCAAAAUGUGUCAUGGAAUAGUCCCAUUCACAUUGUGACGUACUAUCGCUAUCUGCGAUUCUAUCCCGAUGGAUCUCUAGUGUCCCUUCUUUCCACCACAGAACCGGUGGACGUGGUUCCUCAUAUCAGCAGAGAAAAUGUAAUGGCUGCUCGGGCUCCACCCCAUAGACAGCAUCAGCGCCAGCCAUUGGAGCAGGGCAAGUCACUCUCAGGGGCGACUGAGCCUGUCCCACCGGUAGCGAUGGCGGCCUUAAAAUAUGGCCUUCGUGGUCGCUGGCACUUGACCCCACCUAUUGAGCCUUCAGAACCCGCAACCGAAGAGCAAUUGACCCCGUCUAUUCCCAACCAGACUGCGGAAUCAUUUGACCCGCGAGACAUCGUCGUGGAAACGGAAGGGGUGGAUUCUAAAUACAUUUAUACGAUGCACCUCUCUCUCCGGUCUCCAUCCGCUUCCAAGUCCCAUGUGAACCCGUCGCAAAAUACCAAACUCAUGUGGCGGGGCUUCUGGAGCUACAACAAGAUCACCGAUGACUGGAGUGAGUUUGGCAUGCGCAACUAUCGAGCCUAUGUGUUCCGACGAGUCCGAGGCUGGGGCUUAGACUGA